CAUGAAUUGCGGUUUGCGGUGGAUUGCACGGUUCGGUUCGGUAUGUGUGUGAAUUGUACGGUUUCGGUUUUCGGUGCGGUUUGUGCCAUCCCUAGUGAGCAGUAGUAUGACAGCAAGCACAGAGGGCUGACACCUUUUUUUGUCAUAGUUUGUGUUCUCUGACACCCGUAGGCUACACAACUUUGUCUGCAGAGUAGCUAGUCCCUUGGUGCUGGUAGCUGAAGGAAGAGGAAGAAGAAUUUUGUCGGUCCUGAUCUGCACAAGACCUGUUCCUAACCUCAUGGUUUUGUUGCUGAAGACUCAACCCUCAAGGUCCUGACUCCUGGACACAGACCCCCCCAACCCUCAUCAGGACACAGUCCACCAGGUCCCGGUCCAAACAGAGACCCACACCCUCCAGGUUCUGAUCCAAACAGAGACCCACACCCCUCCAGGUUCUGGUCCAAACAGAGACCCCAACCCUCCAGGUCCCAGUCUAAGCAGAGACCCAAACCCCUCCAGGUUCUGAUCCAGACACCCACACCCUCCAGGUUCUGGUCCAAACAGAGCCUCCAACCAUCUACUGCAGGUCCUGAUCUACACACAGCCAUGGCGCAGGUGGCGAUGACGCCGGAUCUGCUGCCGGAGAGCGAGGUGACGUGCUCCAUCUGCCUGGACCUGCUGUGCGACCCGGUGUCCACGCCCUGCGGACACAACUUCUGCCAGGGCUGCAUCGGAGGAUACUGGGCAUCCAUCGAGGUGUGCAGCUGCCCGCUCUGCAAGCGUGUUUUUGAUGAGCGGCCCAAGCUCAGCAUCAACCGUGUCCUGGCCGCCAUCACCAACCACUACAAGGUCGCCCAGUACAGCGACGCCUACGGUGACGAUGACGUGGAAGGGUCGUCUAGUACGCCUGUCCCUAAACCCCGUUCCAUUGGUGGUGGGGGUGCGGCAGGGGGGUGGCCCCCAGAUGACGACAUAGACAAGGCAAAAGCAAAGGGGAAGCUGGUGCUGUGUGACGUGUGCUCGGGCCGGAAGCAGCGUGCGGUGAGCUGCUGCAUGACCUGCAUGGCCUCCUACUGCCAGGAGCACGUUCGGCCGCACCACGAGACGCCCUUCUACCGCAGCCACCAGCUGCGAGACCCCCAGGAGGCCCUGCAGGGGCGAACGUGCCCCGUGCACCAGCGCCUCCUAGAGGUCUACUGCCGCACCGACCAGACCUGCAUCUGCUCCAUCUGCGUCCUGGAGAACCACCGCACACACACCACCGUGUCCGUGCAGACCGAGAGGAUACAGAAACAGAAAAUGCUGAGUAAGACGGAGCUGGACAUCCAGACGAGCAUCGAUAGGAAGAGCAUGAGCCUGGCCGACCUGAAGGGGAGGCUGCUGACGACCAAGAACUAUGCGAGGGCGGAGCAGGCGCAGCUGGAGGGCCUACUGGGGGAGGUGAUCCGCUCGGUGGACCGCAUCCGGCACGAGCUGGUGGACGGCAUGGAACAGAAGCAGGCCUCUGUGAUUGGCCGAGCGGAGGAAGUGGUGUCGCGCCAGGAGGCGGAGCUUAGCCGACUACAGGAAGUGAGGGGGCGGCUUGAGCAGCAGGCCACCUCGGAUGACCACAUCGGAUUCCUGCAGAGCUAUGAGGAGGUGAACGCCCCGCUGCAGGUGGAGUUGAACCGGCGUCAGGAGGAGCCGGAGGUGGAUCUGGAGCUGCGCUUCUCCCUGGACGAGGUGAAGGCGGCACUGAGGGACGUGCACGACAGACUCGAGGACAUCCGCGGGGGAGGGGUCACCUUCCGCAGCAGGCAGAACUCUGUGUCACAGUCCACAGUGUCCUUGGCAGCGAGUGAGAGCAUGAUGAGCGUUAGAUCAGUGGGGAGGAAGGACUGGUCUCUGAAAGAUAUCCGCAGGCAUAGCUCAGCACAUAAAAAGGUGAAAGGAUACAUAGAGGAGGUGGGUCUGAACCCGGUGACGGCGUACCCCUUCCUCAUCCUGUCGGAGGACCGCAAGCAGGUGAAGCGCGGCGAGAAGCUGCAGUUCUACAGGAACAGCACGCAGCGCUUCGACGUCUGGUCCUGCGUGCUCGCCAAGGAGGGCUUCCAGACCGGACGACACUACUGGGAGGUGACAGUGGGAGAGAACAAGGACUGGAAGCUGGGCGUGGCUCUGGAGUCGGCGCAGAGGAAGGGCCUGUUCGACAUGAGCCCUUCCAGCGGUUACUACGCCCUCUGGUGGGGCGGUAGCACACUGCGCCCACUCACGCCGCCCCCUCUGGGCAAGGUGAAGAUGACGGGCAAGCUGAAGCGCGUGGGCAUCUUCCUGGACUGCGAGGAAGGCCAGGUGGUGUUCUACAACGCCAAGACGGGCAGCGAGCUGUACACCUUCAACACGCCGGCCUUCAGGGAGAGGGUGCUGCCACUGUUUGGCACCGGGGACAAGGAGGUGCCCCUGCUACUGGUCAGCCUGAUGGGCGGACAUCACUGAAGAAGGGAUCGAGAGAUGGGAUGAAAGGAGAAAUGCAUGGAUACAAUGAAGGAUGAAACGAUGUAUGGAUGGAAUGAAAAGAGCUCAUGGGUGAUUGAUUGAAUGAAUGAAUGGAUGGAUGGAUGGAUGGAUGAUGGAAUGAAAAGAUGGGAUGAUAGAAUGAUGAGGGAGGGGGAGAGAAUGAGGCAGUGUUGUGGAGGGCAUGAACAAGAAGAGGUGGGAGCGUGUAAGAGUAAUGGAACUUGAGAAGAGGAUGACAGUGAGAUGAAGAAGGAAGGGUAGAGAAGGGUAAAUGGGAGAUGAGAACGAGAGGAGAAGAGAGGAGUGAAUGAAGUGGAUUUUUCUCUGAACUGUGAGAGAGCAGCUUGGUAACACGCGGAAAAGCAGAGCUGAAUUUAGCCUCCAGGUUUUUAUACUCUUCAGUGCGAGGGGGGAAGUGAAAGGAGAGGACAGGAGAGAGUGAAUGUGAGUAUUUGUGUCACUGAAAGUGAGGGAGUGGGAGGGAUAGAAGCUUUUUUAAAUCUGUGUGGGAUGGUGUGAGACGAGAGAGAGAAAGAAAGCGAGAGAUAUGGGGAGAGAGAGAGAGAGAGUGCGUGUGCGUUCGUGCGUGUGUGUGUGUGUGUGUGCGUGUGUGAGAGAGCGCACCGAAGUGCAGCACUGAGGAAUGAGUAAGCAUAUUUAGAGAGCAAGCAGGGGCGGAAGGGAGGGAGGGAGUGUGUUUGUGUGGCUGAGCUGGUGAAAAGCAACAAACAGAAACCCAGUCUGCUGAAGAACUAUUCAUGAGGACAGGACGCAGAGGCAUGAUGCUCUGUGAUGGACAGUUCCCAAAAGGGCUGUGACUUUAACAACUGUACAACACAUGCAUCACCUGCACUGGUUAGUGUUGGAUGAGUUAUUAUGAGGGUGUGAGGGAAUGUAUGUUUAUGUAAAUAUCUAAUAUAGCUUUUUUUCCCGGUUUUGUGUUUGUCACCGUUUAUUUGUGUUUAAUUAGCCUAUAGGCCUAAUUAACGUGGGAAAGGGUUCGGUGUGGUCUUGUCACAGGUGAAAAUGGUGGGUACACUGACUGUCCAUCUGUUGACCUUGCCUCUGUAAUGUUGCUACCAUCAUGCUGGUUUUAUUUAUUGCGAUUUUAGAGCAAAUGUAAAUGCAUUAUAAUCUGCAUACCCAUUCAUGUAAAAAUGUGUUGUCUUAAUGCCUGUGAAUUGUGUACGAUUUUUAAAGGAAAUAAACUAUACGCGAUAGAAAAA